AUGUUCCCAGCGGCUGCUGCCUGGCUGGUUUUCCUGGUGGCCCCCGGCCCCCACUGGGCCGCGGGGGACCCGAUCCAGGAGACAGAGGAGGGGGACCAUUUGAAGCUGGGCGGCUGUUUCCGAGGCUCGGCUGUGGAUGCCGGAGGGCUGAAUCUGGGGCAGAGAUGGGGAGACCCCUCCCCAACCGCCACGCUGUUCAUUGACUUGCGGACGGUAACCAGUGCAGCUUCCUCCUUCGACUUCCGGACGUUCGACCCGGAAGGGGUCAUCUUCUACGGGGACACCAGCCCGGGCGUCGACUGGUUCGUCCUCGCUUUGCGUCGGGGGAAACCCAUCAUGCAGAUCCAUAACACCCUCACCAACAUCACCGUCUCCGGGGGGCACCGUCUCAAUGACGGCCAAUGGCAUCGGAUCACGGUGAAGAACGAGGGACACUCCGUGAUAUUGCUGGUCGACGGGGAUGACCAACUCACUCUCAGCCAUGUCUCCCAUCCGAUCGUCAACCGGCCGACCCCUCAGAUGCGCAUCGGAGUAGGAGGCCUCUUCAUCUUGCCGACCGAAUUGCUGAUCCCGGUAAGGCCAAUCUCUCUCCUCGGCUGACCCAGCCCCAAGAUCAAAAACAACCGCAACUCCUCCGCGGAUUCCGUUUGACCUCGGUUUCAUCGACCCCUCGUUUCUCUAAACCAGCGCAUCUCGAUCUUGGGAGGUUUUUAAGAAGUGUGGACUUCAACUCCCAGAAUCCCCCAGUCAGGCAUUCCAGUUCUGUUUUUUUUCCUCCUCCCUUUUUAAAGCAGAGAGAUUGCAGAGAAAAGGACGGUAAGAGAGUCAGCAGGCCACAAUUGGGUAUACACCUCCAAACGAAUGAGAGUUGAAAUCCAAACUCCCAAGCUGAAGGAACACUAUCAUCUAUCUAUCUAUCUAUCUAUCUAUCUAUCUAUCUAUCUAUCUAUCUA